AUGAAGACAGAGCAGAAACUGGAGAAGCUUAAGCUUAACGAUGCGGCCAUGUUUGUGAAAGACUUGAGAGACAAAUUACAAUGUAGAAUGGAGAACAUUGAUUACAAAGGACUGAUAUAUGCAUGUCAACUGGUAGAUCCAAGAUACGCUAGCCAACUAUCGGAAACGGACUUCAAUAUUGCUUUACAAUUUAUGAAUGACCAUCUUGUAGAAAAAGACGUUAAUUUACAAGAGGAAAACAGAAGUUUUGAUCAAGAAAGCAGUCAAUCAUCAAUGGACCUAAGUUUUUUGGACAAUGAAUUGAAUGUGAAAGAAAACCAGAACGGAAAUAAUAAAGUUUCAACAAUUUUGCUAGUGAGUUUAACUUUUGCGUAUACUUUUACCUUAAACUUAAUAUUUGUAGGAAGAAUGUAACAAGCUACGUAUUGGAAACUUCAACAAAGACGUUUUCAGUUUCUGGAAGACAAGCUCAAACAUUUUUCCGAUUCUGCACCCUAUUGCAAAGACGUUAUUAGGAAUCCCAGCUUCAUCAGUUCCAAGCGAAAGGUUCUUCUCCCAAACGACUUUAUUAUUUGCGGACAAGCUCAGGUCAAACUUAUCUGA